AUGCUCGCAUUCAUCUUCUUCUUCUCCUUCUCCUCCUCCUGCCUCUACUUCAUCUACGUAGCCCCCGGCAUAGCAAAUACGUAUCUCUUCAUGGUGCAAGCUCGUGGUAUAAUGCUGAGGGAAAAUGUAAAAACAAUAGGACACAUGAUCAGAUUGUAUACUAACAAAAAUACAACACUGAAUGGAACAGAUUAUCCUGAAGGAAACAACUCUAGUGACUGUGUUGCUCAAACAACAAUGUAUCUUCCAGAAAACUUCACUUACUCUCCUUACCAGGCUUGUCCAGAGAAACUGCCUUACAUGAGAGGCCUUAUUGAUGUAAAUAUGAGUGAAAUUAGUUUUGAUGAAAUUCAGCAACUAUUUUCAAAAGACUUAGACAUCAAACCAGGAGGACACUGGAAGCCCAAAGACUGUAAGCCACGAUGGAAGGUGGCGAUCAUCAUUCCUUUCCGUAAUCGUCACGAGCAUCUUCCAAUUUUCUUCCGGCAUCUGAUACCGAUGUUGCAGAAGCAGCGGCUGGAAUUUGCCUUCUAUGUUGUUGAACAGACAGGUACACAACCUUUUAAUCGUGCAAUGCUCUUUAACGUUGGCUUCAAGGAGGCUAUGAAGGAUGUUGUCUGGGACUGCAUAAUAUUUCAUGAUGUGGAUCACUUACCUGAAAAUGACCGAAAUUAUUACGGAUGUGGAGAAAUGCCACGUCAUUUUGCAGCAAAGCUGGACAAAUACAUGUACAUUCUUCCGUACAAUGAGUUCUUUGGUGGUGUAAGUGGACUGACGGUGGAACAAUUCAAGAAGAUUAAUGGAUUUCCAAAUGCCUUCUGGGGAUGGGGUGGAGAAGAUGAUGAUCUUUGGAACAGGGUUCACUAUGCUGGAUACAAUGUAACAAGACCAGAGGGAGAUUUAGGGAAAUACAAAUCCAUUCCUCAUCAUCACAGAGGUGAAGUCCAGUUUUUAGGAAGGUAAGAAAAACUAAAAACUAAUCAAACACUGCAGCUAACGAUGUAAGGAUUUUUCUUACAUAUAUCUUCUGCACGCACAAAUAAGCAGUGUUGCUCCCUCUUCAAUGCUGAAUUCCAUGUCUUUUAAACAUAUGUGUUUUGUUCAGGUAUUUUAUUUUAUUUUUUUUAACUGUGAGAGAAACUGAGUUUUGUGUCAGGAGAUGUUAUUCUAUUUGAUGCAGAAAACUGUAGUUCCUUUAUAGUCUGGACACUAGUGCUGGAAGAGCUUUUCUACUUUGCAGAUUUAGAUAUUCUGCAUAAGGAAGCAGAUCAGCUGGGGAUAAUGACUUGUGUGAAAACAAACUUCAGGACUCCUCAAGGGUUGUUUUCUUCUAUCAUAUAUCAUUGUAUUCUGAGAUGAAGGUCAUCUUGUUUCCUGGUCAUGUGGGCUUAAGCUUUCUCUUUUGUGGUUCCUUUCUUAUGCAAAACACUCUGGCUACCCUAGACUAGAAUAGCAACCAGAAUAUAGCAGACGAGCUGCAUCUUCAAGUUGUAAUGUGAAGCUCAAAAUAUAGGGUUU